AUGACCACCGAGGGCGGGCCGCCGCCGCGCCCACCCCCGGCCCCGCUCCGCAGCGCGUGCAGCCCGACCCCCAGCGCACUCCAGGCCGCCCUGAUGAGCCCGUCGACCACCGCCACCACCCUGGAGACCACCUCGUUGUCCUCGUCGUCGUCCUCCUCUUGCGCCUCCUCCUCCUCGUCCUCCUCCAAUUCCGCCAGCGCCUCCUCCGCCGCCUGCAAGAGCGCGGGCGGCGCGGGCGCCGGGAGCGGGGGCGCCAAGAAGGCGAGCUCCGGGCUGCGGCGGCCGGAGAAGCCGCCCUACUCGUACAUCGCGCUCAUCGUCAUGGCAAUCCAGAGCUCGCCCAGCAAGCGCCUGACGCUCAGCGAGAUCUACCAGUUCCUGCAGGCGCGCUUCCCCUUCUUCCGCGGCGCCUACCAGGGCUGGAAGAACUCCGUGCGCCACAACCUCUCGCUCAACGAGUGCUUCAUCAAGCUGCCCAAGGGUCUCGGGCGGCCCGGCAAGGGUCACUACUGGACCAUCGACCCCGCCAGCGAGUUCAUGUUCGAGGAGGGCUCUUUCCGCCGCCGUCCGCGAGGCUUCAGGCGGAAGUGCCAGGCUCUGAAGCCCAUGUACCACCGCGUGGUGAGCGGCUUGGGCUUCGGGGCUUCGCUACUGCCCCAGAGUUUCGACUUUCAGGCACCCCCGUCGGCGCCGCUUGGUUGCCACGGCCAGGGCGGUUACGGCGGCCUCGACAUGAUGCCUGCGAGCUACGAUGCCGGCACAGGCACCCCGGGCCACGCACACCCGCACCACCACCACCACCACCACCACCACCAUGUCCCACACAUGUCGCCCAACCCGGGCUCCACCUACAUGGCCAGCUGCCCGGUGCCCGCCGGGCCUGGGGGUGUAGGCACGGCUGGGGGCGGCGGCAGCGGCGGGGGGGAUUACGGCCCGGACAGCAGCAGCAGCCCUGUGCCUUCUUCUCCUGCCCUGGCGAGCGCCAUCGAGUGCCACUCUCCUUACACCAGCCCCGGGACGCACUGGAGCUCCACCGGCGCCUCGCCUUACCUCAAGCAGCCUGCCACCCUGACGCCCAGCAGCAACCCCGCGGCCUCGGCGGCAGGCCUACAUUCUAGCAUGUCCUCGUACUCGCUGGAGCAGAGCUACCUGCACCAGAACGCCCGCGAGGAGCUGUCAGUGGGACUGCCUCGAUACCAGCAUCACUCUGCCCCAGUGUGUGACAGAAAAGAUUUCGUCCUCAACUUUAAUGGCAUUUCUUCCUUCCACCCCUCUGCAAGUGGGCCAUAUUAUCACCAUCACCAUCACAAUAGUGUAUGUCAGGAUAUUAAGCCCUGUGUCAUGUGA